AUGAGAAACGACAUCCUCCGCCUCUGGUUGGUGGUGCAGCGCCAUGCGAUUCCUGAAGUCCGAGUCGUCUUCGCCGUGAAACUCAACAACGAACCGACGAUUGCACAUCUGCUCGAACAAGUCAACGAGAUCAUUCCUCUCGAAAGUGGCGACUGGGGUCUUGAGGAUUAUGCUGUUGAGCUCCGCGACAUUGAUGGCCGUGGAUUUGAAUGCCUGCAUUUUCAGCAAGUUUCCGCAGUCUUGAAGAAUGACGAGGAAGUCUUCAUUCGUUCACUGGUCACGGAUGACCGGCGAAAACGCCGGCUAAGCGGUCGGCACCAGAUCUCGCGGGACGGCAAGCACCUGAUUGACGGGGUAGCUUUUGGACGCCCGCGACUGAAGGCGCCAAGGGACCGUCCUCCCGUCAAUAUUCCGCCGCUGAAGCGCCGGAGAAUUGCUUACGAAACCGAAGAAAGCGACGACGAGGAGCCUCAGUUUCUCCUUACCGAAGCCGGGGAGCAGGGUCAAGACGACGGACGAGCCCCGAGUCGCACAAGGUUUACGAGUCGCACAAGGUUCAGCAAUGCAGAUGACGGUGGUUUCGAAGGAGAUGAAGAAGAUGAGGACGACGAGUUUUUAGACGAGAAUAGCGAGAAUAGCGACGGGGAUGCCGACCUUGACGGGGACGAGAUCGACCCCUCUGAGGUUGACGAGGAGCUUCGAGAUCUUCUAUCCGACAAUCAGCAGUAUCGGGAUGCGCAUUCCAAAGAACAUACGGACGAGCAAAGCCCAAUGCCGAGCAAGGAAACGACUAGCCUCCCGAACCAGAUCCGCACUAGCAAGGCUACGGCUCUGAGAGCGGCUUUUCCUACAGCCCCAGUUGACACUUGCGAGACGGCGAUCAUCGCCUGCAACUAUAGCCUGGAAGAGGCAUACGAGUGGAUGCAGCGGUAUUACAAAUACAGCCCGGCUACUACCCUUGGGACCGUACUCACGUCCGCCAACGCGCCACCUCCAGGGGAGAAGACGGUAACCGAGCAAGAUGAUGGUGAAAGUGAUAGCGGAGCGGAAACUGAUGGUUCCGUCGUGAAACACUACGACCAGCACGGCUUUCCUAGCGGGUCAAUUCUGGAUGGCACCGCUUCAAAGCAGGUUGCGGAGGCGCUGCGUAAGUCUGGACAUCCGGUGAAACCACCAGUCCAUACCAAGUUUGACGAAACUCCCGAGUCCAAUCCAAACGAAGGGGGUGGCGAGCUGCAUAACACGACACACAGUAGCAGUCGGUCCUCUUCUGCUGCGAGGCUGCCCGCCAAAGCAAACGAAGACAAGAGUGACGACGAUGGCGACAGCGGUCCAGAGGUCAUCUCCUCGAAGAAGCCAACGAUCUCUGCCGGAGCCAAGCCCGCCAGCAGCGACCGGUCCUCUGUCGCCAGUGAUGCGGAAAGUGAUAGCGAGAGCGAUGGCAGCAGCGAGAGCGACAGUGAGGACGGCAGCGAGAGCGGCGACAGCAUCGACGGCAGCGACAGUAGUGACGGCAGCGAUGAGAGCGAUGGCAGUGACCUCAGCGACAGCAGUGACGACACCGACGGUAGUGACGGCAGCGGUAGCAGUGACGGCAGUGACGACAGUGGCGACACCGACGGCACUGACAGCAGUGACGGCAGCGAUAGUAGUGGCAGUGGAACCUCAGCCAAAGCUGGCGAUUCUCCCGGCAAGAAGGGCUCCUCCCAAGGGAAUAGAGGGAACUCUAGCCACCCCUCAGCCGGGAAAGCGGCCACAUCUGGUGCCAGCUCGCUCAGUGCAAACAAAGCCGCCUCUCUCCGUGAAAGAUCCGCCCCGCAGCCCUCGAUUGAGCCUGAGAGCCGCCAGCCCGUCCCGACUCCGUCAGAGACGCCAAAGCCAGUGCCACCUAGACAAGGGAAGCUGAGCACGCAGAAAAGAAAUGCUCGUAGGAGGGCAGUUUUGAGAGCGCAAAAGGCUGCCCUAAGGGGGGAAUCACUCCCACAAUCAGCCGAUGUGCCCAGUGGUUUGUCUCAGGGCCAGGCUCAGGACCUUCGGGAUUCUAUCGCCGCGAAGAAAGCGUCACUGCUCCAGAGCCUCGAUGCAUGCGUAACAGAAGGGUUACUCCCACCGCAGUUCGAAGAACAGGCCAACGGCGAGUCAGAUGCGGGCCCGAUUCCUCCGAACCUGUCUGUAACAGAUGGCCAAGUUCCAGAUGCACAGCAGGCGCCGCAAAAAAACCGGGAGGCCUGGCGAGACAGUGUCGUAUACCGCGCAGUUGAGUGUUGCCAUGAUGGUGUGGAGCUCAGCGAGCCCCCCUUCCCCUUCGUUCAGCGAUGGGAUCCACAGCAGCAGUAUUACCAUAAAGGCGGACGUCCCAAACGUAAACAACGCCAUCAGGCAGGGUUCUCUGAUGAGGAGGGCACUCAAGACGCCAAAAGAAGAAAGCAAUCUGAUACCCGUGAUCCGAACGGUCGUCAGGACCAUGAUCUUGGUUAUGACGACACAGUUUUGAACUACGAUGAAGAAGAGCAGGAGAGCCUGAGGCAUGCGAAACAAGAGGCGCUGCAAACUGCGGAUGAGGAUGAUUUACCCCCGCUCCCAGCUGAUAUUUCAGCUUUGCCUGCCCUAGAGCCCGGCAAAGUGGAACCCGGCAUGGUGCUCACAUGGAAGCAGUGGGUGCUUUCAAAGGCCACCAACUGGCAGCCACAAGUAUCCAACCUUACGGGCAUUGUGGCUGCCGUUCCGGAUGAUGGCUCAUUGACUGUCCGUCUCGCCAAAAGAGAUUGGAACCUCGACCACAAUGAGAAGGUGUACGACGAGGAUGGCAACAGAAUCUACGACAAAUUUGAAUUGCCUGGAAUGGAUGAAGAGGAGGAAGAAGUUGAAGAAGGAUUUCGGACUCUUGAGAUCAAGGAUAUGAUUGAGCCACGAAUUCUCGCACCUAUUUCUCAGAUACCUGCCCCUAUGCCUAGCGUUGAGCAGCCAGCUGGCUCCCCUGGCAAGGACUCAACCCCUGACGCCGUCAAAAACACCCAGCAUACUAGCGACAGUGGAUCUAGGACGCUGAGCAACGAGGUGCCAGUGGGACGUGAAGCUGUAUCCCAAGAGAUUGACACUGAGCUUCCAGCGACCACUAGCCAGGGCAUCAUCUCGGAGGCAAGCCAGGAAGUGUCGCCGCAACUCCCUGAUCCUUAA